AUGGAGUUUAUACCGGAAGAGAGUUCUAAUGAUGUUCACUUAAGCACGGGAUGUUCAAAGGAUAAGAGAAGUGUUAUUUUUGAAACUUUGCUAAAACACAGUGUGAAUGGAAAAGUGAAAUAUGGUUCAAUUAAAGAUGUUGCAAAUGUGUACUCUGUUUCUACAAGAACUGUUAGUCGAAUAUGGAAAAAAGGGAUUGCUUGUGUUGCAAACGGUGUUCCAGUUGAUAUUUCUUUAAACUUGUCAGGUAAUGUUGGAAGGAAAAGGAUUGCAAUUAAUCCCGAAGAUGUUGCUAGAAUCCCCUUGAAUCGCCGGACAACAAUUCGUUCUAUGGCUAGUGCACUAAGCAUGUCAAAAACAAGCCUUCACCGGAGAGUUAAAGAAGGAUCUUUGAAAUCCCACUCAAAUGCUACCAAGCCUAUGCUAACAGAGGAAAACCGGAAGGUAAGAUUACAAUUCUGCAUAUCUAUGAUUGAUUCAAGUUCGUCUCAUAAUAAUCCAAGUUUCAUAGAUAUGUAUGACUGCGUUCAUAUAGAUGAAAAAUGGUUUUUCCUCUCAAGAACUUCUCAAAAAUAUUACCUGCUGCCUGAGGAAGAUAAACCAUAUCGUACUUGUAAAAGUAAAAAGUUUAUAACAAAAGUUAUGUUUCUUUGUGCUGUUGCUCGCCCUCGGUUUGAUUUAGAAAGAAAUGAAAUGUUUGAUGGGAAAAUUGGGAUGUUCCCAUUUGUUUAUAAAGAACCAGCUAAGCGUAGAAGUAAGAACCGGGAAGUUGGAACCUUAGAAACUAAGCCCAUUGAAUCUGUAAAUAAAGAUGGAACCUUAGAAACUAAGCCCAUUGAAUCUGUAAAUAAAGAAGUGACAAGAAAAUGGUUGAUUGAUUAUGUAUUGCCUGCAAUACGAGCAAAAUGGCCACCAAGUAGUUCCAAGACUCCUGCAAUACGAGCAAAAUGGCCACCAAGUAGUUCCAAGACUAUAUAUAUUCAACAAGAUAAUCCACCAAGUAGUUCCAAGACUAUAUAUAUUCAACAAGAUAAUGCAAGGCCACAUAUUAGUAUGAAUGAUGUUGAAUUUUUGGAGGCUGCAAAGAAAGAUGGCUUUGAUGAUGUUGAAUUUUUGGAGGCUGCAAAGAAAGAUGGCUUUGAUAUUCACUUAACCUGUCAGCCUCCAAAUAGUCCGGACAUGAAUGUAUUGGAUCUCAGAUUUUUUAGAGCUCUUCAAUCUUUACAGCAUCAAGAAGCUCCUCGCAAUGUGGAUAAACUAGUUGCUGCUACUCAUAAAGCUUUUAAUGAGAUCUCAGUAGAAAGUCUCAGUAAUGUUUUUCUAACAUUGCAACUAUGUAUGGUUGAAGUUAUGAAAAAGUACGGAGGGAACAAUUAUAAACUGCCACACAUAAAUAAGCAAAGGUUAGCACGAGAAGGCUUAUUACCUACCACUAUAUCAUGUGAUCCAGAAGUCUUAGUUGAAGCAAUUUCAAGUCUCCAGCAGUAA